AUGGCAGAAGGGAUUGACACUUUGCAAUCCCUGUACUCGCGUUCGGGUAAGUCGUUUUCCAACGGCCCCUCUUCGAACGCAGCGGGUGGGUCUCUUCAUACUGCUCACGAGACCCAGGACAUCGACGAUGAGCUGGGCACGAGGCUCCCAGCUGUCCCACGCUGGUGGAUAGCCACGCCAGCGGACGAGGUAACUCGUCCGGACGACAUUCACGUCGCGGUGGUUCAAAAUACGCUCCACUAG